AUGGCCGCGCCCGGCCCGCGCACGCCGGCAGCCAUCGGGACGCGUUUGGCACAGCAGGCGCUCGACAACGCGCCGGGGAGGAGGCGGCCUGCCCUCAGUUCCUUCUCCGCCUUCAGCUUCGUCCCGCCCAAACGGGAAGGGCCGCCGGAGCUCAGCUAUUUCAGCCGGCCGCGCAAGACAGGAGAUUUUUUCACCUAUGAUGCCGUUUUUGGAAUAACAGAAGGUUACGACCAAUAUCUUCCAUGCUGCGACAGAAAACAUGCAAAGGGUCGUGGCCUUAAAAUUCAUGAGGAGGAAAUGGCAAGACCUGUUCCUGUGGUGACAUCUUCACAGUAUGGGAAGCGUGUAAAUAAGCCCUUAGACCCAGCAACCAGAGAGCAUGUGAGGGUUUAUAGCCUGCACGCAGCAAUCUACGGAGAAAGUAGCCACCACCCUACUCAUUGAAAAAACCUUCUCUAGGCCUGGAUCCAUGUGAAAUCUCUCGUGUCUGUCAUCACCAGCAACAUUUAUCUG